CCGGUCAUUCUCAAUCUUACACACCUUUAAAAUAUUUCAUCUGUGUUAUAUAUUAUACAUCUUGCCGCCAUGUAAAAGAGUGCGGGAUGAGGAGAAUAUUUAACGUGGCUGAAAAGCCUUCCGUAGCCAGGAAUAUAACGGAGAUUCUCUCUAAUGGAAAAAGCACAAAGGAAUUCACUAACUCUAGGAUGAACCCUGUUUUCUCAUUUACCUACCACAUUGACGGAGAAGUGUCUAAGAUGUACUUUACCUCGGUGAAAGGUCAUUUGAGUUCCUUGGAGUUUGAUCCAUCAUAUAGCAACUGGAACAGAACACCUAUACAUGAGUUAUUCACUGCUCCGACUUACCAAAUCAUCAUUAAGGAUUGCAAAGAUAUUGAGAAAAACAUUCAAUACUAUGCCAAACUAUGCGACAAGAUGAUAUUAUGGUUAGAUUGUGACAGGGAGGGUGAAGCAAUAGCAUUUGAAGUAAUAGAGGUGUUUCGAGGCGUACAAAAGUCCAGUAACAUAAAGAGAGCUGUCUUCUCUGCUGUGACAAGAAGUGACAUUGAGCAAGCAUGUUGCAACUUGAGGGAACCUGAUAUAAAUUUAGCUAAAGCAGUUGAAACAAGACAGGAGAUAGAUUUAAGGAUUGGAUCUGCAAUGACACGAUUUAUGACCCUAAAGUAUAAACAUUUUCUCAACACAAAAUCUAAUGUUUUGAGUUAUGGACCAUGCCAACUUCCAACACUGGGAUUUGUGGUUGAUAGAUUCAAGCGAAUCGAGAAUUUUGUAAGGGAAGAAUACUGGUCUAUUAAUGUGGAAGUUGUAUUAGAAGAGACACCAGUCUCGUUUUUGUGGGAUAGGGUUCGACUUUUUGAUGGACAAGCUGUUUUAACUUUGUAUGAAGUUUGCCUGGAGAAUCCACUCGCAUUUGUAACAAGGAUAAACAAGAGACAAACCAAAAAGUAUCCUCCUUUACCCCUUGAUACUGUUGAGAUGAACAAGACUGUUUGUAAAUAUCUAAAAAUAUCCUCCAGCCAGUGCAUGCAAUUGGCUGAAAGCCUGUAUAGUAAGGGAUUCAUAAGUUAUCCCAGGACUGAAACAAAUAUAUUUCCGCAAAGUAUUGACUUGAUGAGUCUAAUAAACUCUCUUUCCAAUCAUCCAACUUUUGGGGAAUAUGCAAAAAGAUUAGUAGACGGUGACUUUUGUGUUCCCGUCAUGGGAAAGAAAAAUGAUGAAGCACAUCCUCCUAUUCACCCUGUUAAAUCAAUGACAUCAAGUGAAGCAGAAUCCCCGCUACAUUGGCAACUUUACGAGUACAUUACUAGGAGAUUCCUCGCCUGUUGUAGUAAAGCAGCUGUAGGAGAUGAAUCUAUGAUUUUUUUGGAUGUUUCCGGAGAAGGGUUUCAUACAAAGGGUAUGGUUAUCAGAGAAUAUAACUGGUUGGACAUUUACACAUAUGAGAAAUGGGAAGGUCGCAUAGUCCCUAAUUUUUCUCAAGGACAAGAAAUUACACCAACAAAAAUCACUCUAAAGAAUGGAAAGACAAAUCCACCAGCUCUCCUCUCUGAAGCUAACCUGAUAGACUUGAUGAAUAAGAACGGAAUUGGAACAGAUGCAACAAUGCACGAACACAUCCAAAAAAUCCAGGAUAGACAUUACGCUGUUAAAAAUGAAAAGCUCAGAUUUAUACCAACGAACUUGGGAAAAGCACUCUACAACGCCUUCAAAGAAUAUACAGCAUCUUCUAUUGAUUUGACAAAACCCGCCCUUAGAGCUCACAUGGAACGUGAUAUGAGCGAUAUAGCAUGUGGACUAAAAAAUAAAGAAGAUGUAGUCAGAGUAUAUGCGGACCUCAUGAGAGAUAUAUACUUGGAAAUCGCAAAUCAGCCAGACUAUUUCAACGAUGCCAUGAGCAUGCUGUGUGACAUAGAACCAGACGAUGCACCUCCACCCAUGUGCUCCUUUCAAUAA